CCACCCCCCACCCCACCCGGACCGGACACUUUUGCGCCCGGCCCCCUCGCCUCCUCCGUAAUCCCGCCCCGCCCGCGCAUCCGACGGCCCCCGCGGCCGCCACGUCUCCGUCGUCUUCCUCGCCCCACCCACUAUUUAUCCGCCUCCCGUCCCGUCCCGUCCCCUCCGCCCCCAUCCCCACAACCCCGCAUCGCCGCGCUAGGGUUAGGGUUUCGCGCCCCCAGCUCCGCGCCGCCCCUGCUUUCCUCCGGUGGUGGUGUGACGCGAUGGCGAUCGUCAGGACCGGCGGCGCCAGGGUCCAGCGGCUGGAGUCCGGCGGGGAGGACGGCUCCACGGAGGACGAGGAGGAGCGGUCGCCCGCCACGGCCUCGGAGGGGUCCGAGGCGGAGGGGUUCUCGGCCCAGGAGGAGAAUGGCGGCGGCCAUGAGGAGCAGGAGGCAGAGGAGGCAGAGGAGGAGGAGGACGACUCCGGGAUGGGGUCUGACGAGCUGGAGAUCACGCAGCUCGGGGAGGCGGGCGCGGAGAUGUGCCAGGUCGGGGACCAGAGCGUGGCCCUGCCCCUGGAGCUCUACGACCUCCCCGGCCUCGGCGGCGUGAUCUCACUGGACGCCUGGAACGGCCUGCUCUCCGAGGACGACCGGCUCCGCCUCGCCGCCUUCCUGCCCGACCUGGACCAGGAGACAUUCGCCCGCACGCUCGUCGAGCUCCUCAGGGGGGACAACUUCCACUUCGGGAGCCCCCUGGCCGCCCUGUUCGACCGCCUCAAGGGCGGUCUCUGCGACCCCAGGAUCGUCCUGUACCGCCGCGGCAGCCGCUUUGCGGAGCGGCGCAAGCACUACUACCAUCUGCAGAGGUACCACAAUUCGAUGGUGCUGGGCCUGUGGGACACCAAGGACUGCUGGAAGAGCUGCAACGGGUACAGCCUUGGUGAGAGGCUCAGAGCUAUGGAUGCAAUGAAGGCACAGCGGAAGCAGAAGGAACUGGGUUUGGUUGCCCGGGCUGGCUCAGAGACUGACUCAGAGAGCAGGGAGUCUGCGGAGCAGUUCUUGACACGGUCGAAGCCAGAUAAGAUGGGUCUCAACAAGGCUGGGAAGUUAGGGAAGGAAAGGUCCAAGGGCGUUCUGCGGUUGGGUGUGUCAAAAGGCGUGGGUGAGGAGUACAUUGGAGGGUCUGGUCGUGAUGCUGCAGCGGCUCUCUCUAAGCUUUCUCGUCAAGAUAAUGCUUAUGCGUAUGAUGCCGGAGUCGCGCAUAGAGGGAAGCUGCGCAGAAGCAUAGAUGGCCUUCAUUCUGAGGACCUGGGAUAUGACAGGGAUUUGCCCAGGAUCCGGUCUCAGAGACCACUGAUGAAGCCAGUGAAGAAGGAAUUGGGCACGGGCUAUGAUAUCAAUCCUUAUGGAAACAACUACCAUGAUAGCCAGACUGGUUCUUCUUACUACCAUGGCAGGAAUGCCAUUGGUAGUCAGGGAGUUACCUUAGCAGCAUCAUUUGACCCUCCGUAUUCUGAGAAUGCAAGGAGUGCAAAAUACUCGGAGAGAGAUCGGAUAUACGGUGGAAAAGCUGCCCAGAAUAAAGCUCCCAAAGUGGAAGCGAGGGAUUGGCCAGCUGGUAGCCAUGCUGAUCUCUUAAGUGACUGGCAGAGAGGGCAGCCUGAAGGCGAUUACAGGAGCAGGAAGCCUCAAGUUGGUCAUGGUGUGAAGGUUAAGUCCUACAAAAGUAUUGAGCAGCAGAUAAAUGGUGCACAUUCUGGAUCUGAUGCUAGAGGCAGGAUAUCACAGGUUAAGAUUAAUGUUAAAUCCAAUAGUCAGCAUGGUAGGAUUGGCCAGAAGGACUCCAGGAGCAAAGCUGCCCAUGUUCAGAGUGAGGAGACAGAAUCUGAUUCAUCAGAACGGUUUGAAGAUGGGGCAGAUAUGAAUCUUGUUGAAGAACAGCCAAACCUUCAAUAUUCUGAACUUCAUAUACCAGCAUAUGGUGCCAAAAAGUCAAACAAACUUAGCAAAUCAGUCAAAACAAAUUAUCCUGCCCCUACUGCAGAUUUCGAACCCUACCAGACUCAGAGCAAGCGGUCACACAGAGGAAAGGUUGCAGAGCCUGAUUAUUUACGCGACGUGCAUGUGGAGGUGGCGGAACAGAUUAGUGAAGUGAUGAGACCCCCAGCAGCAAGGAGUGAAAGAAAGCGCAAGGGAAUUGCAAACCUGGACAUGCAUGGUUAUGACAACUCUGAAUUGCAUGAUAGCAACGAGAAAGCCAAUGAAUCACUGAGGUCACCAGAGAGUGAUAGGCUGGCCAGUAGAGCAGGCUAUGCAGUCCAAGAUUCUAAUGGCGACUUUGAUGUUUCUGAAAGAGCGAACAUGCCGCUGGCAAGUUGCAGCUCUGGCUCCAAAAGGCAAAAAGGAAGAGUUGAACUUACAAGCCUGGAUGAGCAUGGCGAGUAUGCGCCAUCUGGUCCAAAGGUGGUAGAAAUCAGUGGCAGCUCGAAGAAGAAAAGUAAAAAGAAGCCAGAUACUGUUACAGAUGCAAUUACUGUAGCAGAACCAGCUCCUGUCGUGCCAGAGGUUAUUGUGGUGCCAGUAGAACCUGAGAAACCUAAGAAGAAGUAUGUACCAAUUACACCAACCAUCCAUACUGGCUUUUCUUUCUCCAUCGUGCAUCUUCUAACCGCUGUUAAGAAGGCUAUGGUUGCUCCGGCUGAGGAUACUCCAGUGGCAGCUACGGUCACUCCUGCUGAGGUUACUCCAGUGGCAGCUAUGGUCACUCCUACUGAGGUUACUCCAGUGGCAGCGAAGCAGACUGAUGGGGAGGAGAACAGAAAAUGGUUCAAUAGUGAGGAACCUGGCAAAACGCCUCAAGAGCCAAGUGCAGCAGAGCAAGCACAACCGGGCAAUGAAGUUGGAGAUACUAGUGCUGCUGAGCAGACCGCACAGAGCAAUUCGCCGGCACUAACUGUUCAAGAUCUUGUUAACCGGAUUAAAACUAAUCCUGGAGAUCCCAACAUACUUGAAACACAGGAGCCCCUGCAGGAUUUAGUUCGAGGAGUGCUCAAGGUACUGUCAUCUAGAACAGCUCCUCUAGGUGCAAAGGGCUGGAGAGCGCUAGUUGCCUAUGACAAGUCGAACAAAAGCUGGUUCUGGGUUGGUCCACUGCCUUCUGCUACCUCAUAUAGUGAUCCUAAUGAAGAAACUUCUGCUGAGGCAUGGGGUAUACCACACAAGAUGCUUGUGAAGUUGGUCGAUGCAUUUGCUAAUUGGCUGAAAAGUGGUCAGGAAACCCUUAAGCAAAUAGGAUCCCUUCCACCACCUCCAGCACCAAAUCCUGCAAACUUGGAUUUGAAGGAAAGAUUUAAGGACCUUAGGGCCCAGAAAAGUCUGAACACAAUAAGCCCAAGCUCUGACGAAGCAAGGGCAUAUUUCCAGCGUGAGGAGUUUUUGAGAUACUCAAUUCCUGAUAGAGCAUUUUGCUAUACUGCUGCUGAUGGGGAGAAAUCUAUUGUUGCUCCUUUGCGAAGGGGAGGUGGAAAGCCCACAUCAAAAGCUAGGGGACAUCCCAUGCUCUUGCCUGAUCGCCCUCCGCAUGUCACUAUUCUCUGUCUUGUAAGAGAUGCUGCUUCUAGGUUGCCUGGAAGAACUGGAACAAGAGCUGAUGUUUGCACACUUCUCAAAGAUUCACAGUACCUAAAUCAUGCAGAAUCCAAUAAAGAGGCUGCUGUUAAUCAAGUUGUCAGUGGCGCUCUUGAUCGCUUGCAUUAUGAGCGUGAUCCUUGUGUGCUGUAUGAUAAUGACAAAAAAUUGUGGACCUAUCUGCACAGGGGUAGAGAGGAGGAAGAUUUUGAGGAUGAUGGCACAUCAUCUACGAAAAAGUGGAAGAGACCAAGGAAAGAUUCAGAUCCCGCAGACCCUGGUGCAGGAAACGAUGAUCCUGAGGAUGAUGGCACCCCUAACGCAAAAAAACAAAAGAAAGCUGAUGCAGACCCUACAGCGUCAGGAGAAGACAAGGAUGGCGUUCAGGAUCCAUCUAACAGCGGGCUGGAAGGUGACCUUGAGCUUGAUGUUGUUCCAUCAUCAACAAAUGACAAAGAAACCAGCAAGCUUGUUCCUACUGAUGCAAGGCCAGAUAUUGGUAGCUUGAGACCUUCAGUAGAUGCAGCAGCAAGGGGGACAGCUGAUGCAAGGCCAGAUAUUGGUAGCUUGAGACCUUCAGUAGAUGCAGCAGCAAGGGGGACAGCUGAUGCAAGGCCAGAUAUUGGUAGCUCCAGACCUUCAGUAGAUGCAGCAGCAGCAAGGGGGACAGCUGAUGGGAAUUCAUCAAGAGCCCCAGAAAAGAAGCACAAUAUGGCACUCCCCGUGCAAUUCACCAGCAGGGAGUUUAAUAAAGGUGCAGACAGAGAGGGGUCAAAAGAAUUCAUGGAUGCAACCCCGUCAUGAAUAAUGCUUAGCAGGACAUAUAUUGGAGCACCAGAUUAGGGUAUGAAGCGGCAGCCGCCUUUAUCAGUCAGGCCUUCCCCUCAACAGAAUAUUUUGUAGCAGAAAUAGUUUUUUGGUUCUGCCCUUGUGCUUGUACAUUCUUGUCAAGAAGCAGCGGCUUUCAUAGUUUUCUUUUUGUCCUCCUAGUGGCUUUGUGCAGUUGUGGUGCAGUUCUCAUCUAAAGUUGUUAGAUCACCAAUAUAUGUUUAUGUAACUACAGUACGUUUCACUCAUAUUUGGAUACCAGCCAGCAAAUUCCAGUGCCAGUGACACUUGACCUACCGACAGUUGAGGCUUGUUUGCAACAGAGAUUUAGUCAUCAGGUUAUUAUUGUUAUUAUUAUUUUCAACAGAGAUUUCUUCAUCUUUCAACAGAUAUUUAGCCAUACAUUAUUACAAUAGAGAUUUUGUCAUCA